GGGAUUGAGACUUUUUUACAGCAAAAGUAGUAUUAGCUCAUUAUUUUAAACUAGUCAACUAAACACAGCCCCUCAAAACACAAAACAACAAAGAACAAAAGCCCCUCAUUGUGGUUUCUAAUGGCAUCUUCGCCAUGGUCGUUGAAACCCCGAAUUUCCAACAGAAAAACAGAGACUGACACUUCAUCUUCUUCUACAUCACUACCUCCUCUUCCCCCUAAUAAUAUACAUCUUUCUCAAUAUUACGACUCCGGAUUUCAUACAGCCCCGUCUUCACCACCGCCGGAGCCACCACCACCUCCUCCCACCACUACUACUUUUUCAGCUGAUUUUUCAUCCCAAACCGGAACUCUCAUUCAAUUGUCUUCUCCUCCUUCGCCACUGACUACCAAACCUUCUUCCCCACUUACCACCGUACUACAUGAAAGAGAUGCUCUACCGAGCCACAAUUUGCUCAAAGUCAAGUCCUUUUCGACACUUGCGAAGUCGUCCAUCGAGAAAUUAAGUAAUGAUUUUGAAGCAGGGGGAUACAAAUGGAACUUUUGUAUAUACCCAAAUGGGGACAAGAGCAAAGAUGGGGAAGAUUAUAUAUCUGUUUACUUGGAAAUUUUGGAAACAAUUACUCUCCCUGCUGGUUGGGAGGUUAAUGCUAUCUUUAAUUUCUUUCUAUUUGAUCAUAUUCGUGACAAGUAUGUCGGUACCCAAGAUGCUUCAGUUAGGAGAUUCCAUUGUAUGAAGAAACAAUGGGGUGUGGUCAAAUUCAUUGAUCUUGAAACAUUUAAUGAUCCAUACAAUGGUUACCUUGUUAAUGACACAUGUAGUUUUGGUAUUGAAGUUUUCAUAGUAAAAACUAGAUCGAAAGCUGAGUGUUUAACAUUAAUAGACAAUCCUGUGACUCACAAGGCCAGUUGGAGUUUCUCUGCUGUGACUAAAGGAACACGUAAACUUCUAGAAACUCCUUUCGUUGUUGGUGGAGACUACAAAUGGAGGCUUUUAUUCUAUCCAAGUGGUUACCAAAUAGAAGGGAAUAAGAUCAACAAUAUCACAUCAGUAUUUCUUAAUGUGGAUACUUCGACACUUUCUGCUGGCACUAAAUUACUUGUGCAUUUCACAUUUCGACUGGAAGACAAAAAGAAUGGUAAACAUUUUGAGCGAAGUGAUACCAAACUGUUUGGUUCUGCUGCUCGGGGAUUUCGGGAGUUCAUAUCAGAGACUAAAUUCCGAGACCCAGAGAAUGGUUUACUUGUGAAUGAUGAAUGCCUCAUCAGAGUAGAGUAUGAAGUUCUUGGUGUAGUUACACAAGAAUAGUCAACUAUAUUGCUAUUCAGCUUUGCAUUUUUUUUUGGUUGCUAAUCAAAGGAUAAGGAUGUUGUUCUAGUUAACAGUGACCAUUUUAAUGCUAUAGCUUAAACGUGGACAUAGUUGUAAAGUGAAUUUUCAAGUUCUCUUAAGGGAAGAUCAGGCUUUCUAAAUGCAAUGAGGCAAUGUGUUAAAUAUAAGUUGAAUAGAGAAAACCUUGUAACUUGGCAAGACUGAUUCUAUUGCCCCUCCCCUUUUCUUUCUCACCAAUUUUUUGAAAGCACUUGUAAACUCUUUAAAUUAUGUUCUUCUAUUAUUAUUUUUAUUUUCAGAGCCUUAUUUUAGUA